AUGUCCCGCAAAGGCGUUGGCCUUGCGGCCUUUGACCGCAGCCGGCUGACUUCGGCCCAGUACGCCACCCACGGCUCGGCCCUCCGGACCUCCAACGCACAGGCCCUGCAGACACAACUCGAGGUGUUCCGGUCUCUGCUGCAGCAGUUCGCCCAGACCCACGCCAAGGACAUACGGUCGGACCCGGCCUUCCGCGCCCAGUUCGCCCGCAUGUGCGCCGCCAUCGGCAUCGACCCGCUGGCCAGCUCGAGCUCCGGAAAGGGCGGUGGCGGGUCCGUCUGGGGCCAGCUGCUGGGACGGUCCGUCAACGACUUUUAUUUUGGGCUCGCCGUGCGCGUGGUCGAGGUCUGUGGCGAGACGAGGGGAGAGAACGGCGGGCUGCUCGAGGUCAGGAAGGUCCGCGAGAUGAUUCAGCGUAGCAGGAGUGAGGGUUCUGCCGAGGUCACCGAGGACGAUAUAUUCCGGGCUGUGGGCACACUAAAACCCCUUGGGUCUGCGUACUCCAUCAUCAAGGUUGGCAGUAAACCCUACAUCCGCUCCAUCCCUAAGGAGCUAAACACGGAUCAGAGCGCCGUGCUCGAGGCCGUGCAAGUGCUCGGCUACGUGAGCAUAUCCAUGCUUAUGGCAAACCUCCGCUGGACCCGACCGAGGUCGCAAACUGCCAUCGAAGACCUCCUUGGCGAGGGUAUGCUUUGGGUUGACAAGCAGAGUGAGGAAUGGGAGUAUUGGAGCCCUAGUUAUAUGCUUGGCCCGCAGGCAGAGUCGAGCGGAGAGUGA